CGCGUGGUGACCAAUCAUCGCUGGCCAUGCAGAGAGCCUCAGAAGUGGAGCCCUUUUGGGCCUAGUAGUCUGGUCGGGUCGGCCUCGUGGACGUGGCAUUAUUCUUCCUGCUCCAAGCAGUGGUCGGCGAGGGGGUGGGAAAAGGAACGGAAAAAAAAGGUGAGCAUGCUGAAGGAAACACACACUCACUCACUCACUCACUCCACUCCACUCACUACUACACAGACAGACAGACAGACAGAUAGACUAGAUCAGACAGCUAGCUUGCUGCGAGAGACACUCUGAACCCGCCUUUCUUGCUCCCUCCCUCAUCUCACACAUACACAAGACAUUCCCCUCUCCGUCCCCUUACCUCUUCUCACCCUCUUUGGCGCUCUUACUUUACUUAUCCCGCCCCGGCAAGAAAAGCGUGAAUGGUCGUUGAUUGAGUGUCUUAACUAGGAUUAUUGUCGGUAGGUAGAAAUUUUGCUUGUUUCCUCUCUCCACCCGGGUUGAUGGUGUUGUCCCUCCCUCCAUGCUCACCCCACUUUGUUUGCCUGUCUGCACGCAGUGGCGCGCGCGUCUGGAGAGUCAGCUUCAUUCAUUCCCUCCGUCUCCUUCCGCCUUGUCCUGCGGAUUCUUCUUCAUAAAUCUCUUGUUCCAGUUUCUACUAUUUUGUUGCUGUGGGCACCCAAUGCCGUUUUAAAAGUAAUCUAAAACCAAAUUUCCUUUGGAGCCUCACUAGUGUCUUCAAGGGACAACAGAACCAAGGACUGACUAACGUUUUACUUGGAAAGCACGCCAACAGAGCCUCCGCAUCUGACCAGCCAAGGGAAAAGAAAAGAGAACAAACACCAAAAAAAAGAGAAGACGAAAAGGAAGAGGAAGUAAUAAAAACAAGAAUCGGGACCCGACGAGAGCUGCCGAAUAGGCAGAACAGAACAGAGCCAGAGACAAUAAAUCAGUCAGCUCAGCUCCCCCCAGCUAGCCCAAGCCCAGCCAGCCAGACGAAACAGCCAACCAGAACCACUGCAACUAUUAUAUUUUGUACCUCUUUGCUACUUGACUACGGCCACUACUACUUACUCCCCUCUCCUGCCGACCUUGCCAGUUCUUCCCUACAGUUCUGGUUCUCCUAACGGAAGUGCUGCUGCUGCUGCUUGCUGUCUACCUACCUCAACCGUCAACCAGAAACCAAACCUGCUGCUUUCUCCACCCGCGUUUUUCCAGCCCGGCCGGUGGAUCACCUUCAGUUCUGAGUGGAUUGAUUCUCAGCGUUCUCCUCAAUUCUACUACCACCACGACGGCCACGCCAAACUAAACUAACUAAACUAUCCGUGUGUCUCCAUCUGCCUUUUCCCACCUCGUUUUUCCUUUAUUACUACUGUGAUCCUUCCCCUCGGUUCGGCCGUUCCAGCGCAACUACCUGCUGACCGCUCCGCGGCCAUACCCUUAACCUUUUUUCUUUUCCCUUUUACCACCUGCCAAGCGUGUCAUUAACCCGCUUGCUGGGACCAUUAGCUUCAUCGGCCACUAUUCGUUCCAGCGUCCCUUGAUUACCGGACACGGUCAUCAUUAUUGCUCGGGCCUAAGAUUAUCGCUCUUUUCUG